AUACAAUAUGAAGACUAUCAGUUAUGGGUAUCAAAGUGAAUUUAUCUCCGUAUUUCAUUCAACCGACCCAAUCAUUCUAUCAGCUUCUGCCAGAUCAACUGAUAUACUUCUUUGGGCCGAAGAUGUUAAAAGCUUUGGAUGGACAAUCGUAUUUAAAAUAUCCAUUGGUGCAGGAAUUACAGAUAUGUGUAUGAGUGAUGAUGGAAACUUCCUUGCCGCUAUUGUGGAAAAGCGCUUAAUGAUAUGGAAGUAUUGUUGUGUGGACGUACAUGAGUCUUCAUGCUUUUCAAAGUUAGAAGAGAUACAAUAUGAGAAUGAUGAUGACAUUAAAAGAAAAAAGGGUGUUUCACUAUCAAAACAUUGUGAAAACAUAAUAUCGUUGAAAUGGUCGAGCGAGCUUGACUUAUUGACUGGUUCGUCUGUCGGGACCAUAUGUGUCCAUACUCAUCCUGCACUGAAAGAAAAUGUCCAUAUUUCUCUGGAUACACCGUUUGAGGUGCUUUAUUUUCGCUGGAGCUAUGUGCAUGCACAUAAUAAAAGUGGACCUGUGAAAUGUGUUUCAUGGAUUCCAAGAAAACCUUCAAUGUUGGCAGUAGCUGGUAAUGACGGGGUAGUCAUUGUGUGGGAACUGGUGGAUGCUGAUUUUGAUAACCCUCACAAUCGAAAUUACAUGAAAGAAAUCAAUUACUUCUACCCCGGACGUAGAAGCUCUGUAGGAGAUGAAGUUUUAUGCUAUGAUGUGGCUUCAAUCGAAUCAAUCCCAGACUUUGGUAGCACCUCAAGUUUCAAAAGUGAGGACACAUCUGAUGUUGAUGUUGAUGAUGAUCGUGAUGAGGUGGAGGAUGAGCAAGACGAGGAGCAGGACCAGACUGAUGCUACAUCAACUGCAGUACGGUUGAAAGUUCAACAUGUUCUAGAGAAGCAGGUGGAUCUUGAAUCAACAGUAUCUGAAGUGUUUAACAAUGUUCAAGAUGUUUUAGAAAAAUUGAGAGCUCUAGAAGAAAUUGCUGAUGGGCAUGAUGAUAAGUUAUUUGAAUUGGUUGGAUCCCAUACAGAAGCUAAGGAGAAGCAGGAAGAAAUUGAAGAAUCAGUGGGAGAGGUUAUGCUGAAACUGCAGGACCUCGAAAAAGUGAUUGAGAACACUAAAACUGAACUAACUUCUAUGGUUCAACUUAUUCUUCCUAGAUUAGCUACACUGGAGGGAGAAGUGAAGCUACAUAAGGCUGAAGUGAUAGCAGCAUUUCAAGGAGUUAUUCAGAAACCAGUGGAGCAGGAAGAGAUGACAAAGAAGGAGAAGUUUGAAUUGGUUUCCAAAAUUCAGGAGAUGCUUCAAUGUCACAAAGUUGAUGUUUUUGCCAAACAGAAUAAGAUGGAAGCAUCAUUCUUAGCUCACUGUCAGAAGCUGGACACUACAUUCGUUCAUAAGCAAAAUAGUUUGGAACAGAAUCUCAUCCGACAGAUGAAGCAAUUGGAGGAGUCUAUGCAAUCAAGGCUUCACCUAAUAGAGGAGGAAAACCUAAAAAAGCACAAUGAGAUGACUGAAAAGUUUGACACAAUGAUAGGGCUUCUGCAGAAGUUAUCUGACACCUCAUCCCAGUAAGUACCAAAGGCUUCCUGACUCAAUAUCUAAUUUGUAGGACAUAAAGCUUUGCCUGUAUUUUGCUACAAAAAAUUAGUACUCGAUCUGUUUGAUUCAAGUUGGUCGAUCUUGUACUUCAAAUUGAAUAUGUUAUUAUCUUCGCCUCAUGGUUUGCGACAUGAAUAAUUCCUGCAAACAAAACAAAUAAUCAAGAAUUGUGAAGCUGCUGUAUGGCAGUGAAUCGUUCCUGCACCAUCUGACUGGGUUGCUGGCCACUGAUCAUGGCGUUGAAUGUUGUUCUUCUAGCCAGAGUUUGAAUAAGUUACUUUGCUCGCACCGAUCCAUAACACAAUUCUUAAAAGAGGUUGAUCUGAAAAACAUUCUUCCUGGGUAUGCCUGAGCAGUUAAUGGUGUUGUACUGAAAUUGCUUCCACUGUUUCGUAACACAGUUCUUAAAAGAGGUUAAUCAUAAAUUAUAGCUACCUGCAAAAAAAUUCUUCAUCCCGAGAGGUUAAUGGGGAUGGACUGAAAUUAAUUAAUGACAUGUACAAGUUGGUUCAAAUUCAUUUCGGCCCAAAAACCAGGGUUUCGUGAACAUAAACUAAACUAAAUCCAUUAAUUUGUAUGAAGGAAAAAUGUCAGAUCCAUAUAAACGAUAGAGAUAAAUGUGGGAAUUUAUUUCUAACUCAUAAUUAUCUCUCUAAUUCUUUAUCUUACAAAGAAAAGAGUUUUUCUUAUUGCUAGGUUUAUGUCAGUGCAUUGCUACGGCCGCCCAAAAAUUAUAACUCAUUAAUACAAGAAGUAUGCAACAUCUCGUAUAAAAGAAAAUCAUCAUAAGUUAUUAAGCAAUAUGGUCAUUCAACAAGCAAAGAAAGAAUAAUGUGUAGCUUAGUGUGCAACACCUUGUACAAAACAAACUCAUCAAGUACAAAAGCAAUAGUGCCAUAUGGUCAUUUUUCAAGCAAAUAACGAACAAUGUAUAGCUUUUUAUAUGCAUUUUUUUGUUUUUAUUUAAAAUAAUGCUAUGUACUCCCUCCGUUCCAAAUUAUAAUUUGUUUGACUUUUUCAACCAUGACUUUGAUCACUCGUCUUAUUGAAAAAAUCAUAAGAAAAUUAAAAAAAUAAGUCAUAUGUAAAGUAUAUAUAUGAUAAUAAACAAAACCAUAAUGAAAAUUUUUAUUUUUUUCACAAGAAUUUUGAAUAAGACAAGCGAUGAAAGUUGGGGUUGAAAAAUUCAAACGGAUUAUAAAUUGGAACGGAGGGAAUAUAUUAUUGCUAAUGAGUUGCAGAAUGAAGUUCUAAAAGACAUGAAGGAGGCACACUGGAAAUUCCUUUACAGCUCCUUUAUUGUUAACACAGUUUUGAGAUGGUUGCAAAUUGAAAGGAUUGAAAGUAGAAGUAAUUAACCUGUUUGCUUCGGAUUAAAGCCAGUUGUUUGAACUGCUGCAGCUACAAUCCAUAGAGACAAAAACACUGUAGAAGCAGUAGAAUCCGGUACGGAUUAAAGCCAAGCGAACAGGCUGAAUGAUGUUAUAUUAAGAUAAUAGUAGCGAACCGUGUUACGCUUACAACUAACAAUAUCAAAGUAUUUGCAAGAGAUAUUUGAGGUAGCAGAUUGAUUGAACGACAUUCAGUUAAUUCCAUUGGAGGCAUCUUGUUGCUGAUCCUUGUGCCAGUAUUGAACACCCAAAAAAUCACAUUAAUCGUGUGGGAUUGAUCUCAGUUAGAUAAGUAAAUGCAGCUGUUUGAUCAAAACAAGUACUACCUCCAUUCUUGAAUAUUGUCGCCGGCUAGUUCAUUUUUCAACAAAAACACGACAAAUAAAAAAGAACGGAUGGAGUAUAUGUUUGGUACUACGCAAUAAAGAAAAGAUAGCAAGAAAUAUUCACAAAAAUUCUUGGAUGGAACCCGUGAAUUGAACUCAUCGACUACAGUCAAUCAUGCUAAUUAUAUUUUUUCCCCCCGGCACCAAGUGAAAUCUACCAGAAGCAAAGCUUUCUUGAAACUGUCACAUUUUUUAUUUCUUUGAUUUGACAAAUCAGAGUAGAUAAAAAAUAAAAGAAAGAUAUACUUGUGCCUAAUAGUUAGAAAUUUCAUGAAUUACUUUGCGUAUACCACUUAUGAAGCUCCACAUCUACCAAAAAAGUUAGAAGCUAUGAAUUUCAAAGUGUGCUUUACAGCUAAACUUAUGAUCUCCCAGUCAAUAAUAUAAGAAUCCAUAAAAGCAUUGUUCUUGAUCCUUGCACAACUCAAUAUAUAAGUUACUGACCACCUAAAAAACUGCUGACCAUAGCCUCCUUCGUGUUUGCUUGAACUGAACGCCAACUAAGGACCUGAUAAGCUGUUGACCAUAACCGUAUUUCUUCCUGGUUUUUCCCUGCAGUUCAAGAGAAUUACAUUGUAGAUUGCCAGGUCUGAUAUGAAAUACAAGAAAUAAUAAGCAUACGGGGGACAUGCAUAUCAUCGUGCACCAAUAGUUAUGAUGCAUGUGAGCAUAUGGGCGUGAACAUUUAUACAUUGACAUUUCAGAUUCCUUUGUUUUAAACAAUCUAUCCCACAACCGAAAAAGGAGCAUAUUUAACUUAAAAUGGGUUUAUGCUUUAGAGCUGUCGGUGUUCUUAUUUCUAAAUACGACCCGAAUGGGCACAUGAAUAAAUCAGAUUGUUAGGAUCGUAGAUGAGAAAAAGAGACACAGAGUUUAACGUGGAAAAAACUCCCUCAAUGUGGAGGAGAAAAAAACCACGGGAAAACAGAUCUAUUAUGUGGUGUAUUGUACAGGGUACAAGGGGGCCUAUUUAUAUAGGCAAAGGAGAUAGAGAUAGGGUCAUAUGCAACAAAUCUCCCCUUGACACUAAAUCUAUAAAACUGUUUCCCCAAACACCACUAGGGUGCUAAGCUCCACGAACACCUACCAAGUCAAGACAAUGCUUGAACUUGGUAUUAGAUAAUGGCUUUGUAAGCAUAUCUGCAGGAUUUUUAUCUGUAUGUAUCUUGUGCACUUUAAUCUUGCCUUCAGCAACAAUAUCACGAAUAAAGUGGUACUUGAUAUCAAUAUGCUUGGUCUUGAAUUGGUACAUAUCAUUCUUGGUCAAACAAAUAGCACUGUGACUAUCACAAUAAACCUUAAUGACAUCCUGAAGAACUCCAAGUUCAGAAAUAAGACAUCGCAUCCAAACAGCUUCUUUUAACCCCUUCUGUAGAUGAGACAUAUUCUGCUUCAGUAGUAGAAAGAGCGGUAACAGACUGAAGUGAAGCCCUCCAACUCACUGCAGAACCGCAUAAUGAAAAAACAUAGCCAGAUAUGGAGCGCUCUUAUCAAGAUCACCAGCAAAGUCAGAAUCAACAAAUCCCUCAACAAAUCCCAUAACAUCAAUUUCCUUCACUGAAUUCUUGUCAAACAAUAAUCCAAAAUGAGAAGUACCUUUCAAGUAGCGAAGAAUCCACUUUACUGCAUUUCAAUGUUCUUUACCAGGAUUAUGCAUAAAUCUGCUAACCACACUAACAGCAUGAGCCAAAUCAGGUCUUGUACAGAUCAUAGCAUACAUGAGAUUCCCAACAGCAUUAGAAUACGGAACGUGAGACAUGUAGUCUUUCUCACUUCAGUAACAGGACAUUGCCUCGAUGACAAUUUAAAAUGUGAAGCAAAUGGUGUAGCAACAGAUUUGCAAUUACUGAGAUUGUACUUUUCAAAAACUUUCUCAAUAUAACUUUUCUGAGAUUGAAAAAGAGUACCAGCACGACGAUCACACUGAAUUUCCAUCCCAAGAAUCUUCUUUGUUGAUCCAAAAUCUUUCAUAUCAAAUUCAUGACUAAGUUGAGCCUUCAAUUCAACAAUCAACGACUUGUCAUGAGAAGCAAUCAACAUAAAGCAGUAGAUACACAAAAGAUCCAUUAGGGAACUGCUUUAAAUAAAUACAAUGAUCACAAUUGCUUCAAGAAUAACCAUUUGCAAGCAUGAACGAGUCAAACCUCUUAUACCACUGUCUAGGAGCCUGUUUCAAACCAUAAAGAGAUUUCUGUAAAUGACAAACUAAAUGCUCUUGACCAGGAGCAGAAAAACCCUGAGGUUGUGUCAUAUAAAUAUCCCCAUCUAAAUCUCCAUGAAGAAAUGCAGUUUUAACAUCAAGUUGCUCUAACUCCAAAUCAAAUAAAGCAAUAAUAGCAAGCAUAACUCGAAUAGAAGUGUGACGAACAACAGGAGAGAACACCUCAUUGAAACCAAUACCUUCACUUUGUUGAAAACCUUUCACAACUAAACGAGCUUUAAAUCUUGCAGGUUCAACUCCAGAUAUACAUUCAUUCUUCUUAUAAAUCCACUUGCACUUUAAAGGCUUUUUACCUGCAGAAAGCUCAACCAAUUUCCAUGUAGAAUUCUUCUGAAGGCUCUCAAAUUCAUCAUUCAUAGCAACAAACCACUUGGAUGAAUUAUCACAGGAGAUAGCUUCCGAAUAAGAAGAAGGUUCAAAUGCAACAUUAGUUUCUUGAGCAGCAAUGAGAGCAUAAUGAGCCAUACUAUCAGUGUCACGAUAUCGAUGUGGCAAAACAAUAUUCCUUCUAGGUCUAUCUUGAGCAAUAGAGUGAUUGUUGCUAACAAGAGGUACAUAAACUGAAACUAACUGUGUAAUAGGAGUAACAGAAUCAAUAUUAAUAGAUACGUCUACCUCAAGAUUCUCAUCAGUAGUUUUAGACAUAGAUGUGGAUGAGGAACCACUAUCAGAAACACCUCCAGAGGAAGAAAAUGUACUUUCAUCAAAAGUAAUGUCGGUGUUUUGGACCGGGGGCCCUCAACCGACGAGUGAAUUAGUGCUGCGUGCCCCUGUCCGGAUGGGUUGAUGCAAGAAGAAACACAAGAUUUAUCCUGGUUCGGGUAAGAGAAGGCCCUACUUCCAGCAGAGGGGGGAUGAGACUUAUAUUAUCUUGCACUUAAGUGCUUGUAGUAGGGGGUACAAGCUGAGAGAGGGAGCGGGUCCCAGGUCUCUUAAGAGUGGUGGAGUGUUGUGCUAUAUGGGAGCGCUGUGACUGCGUAUGCAUGAAAGCAUGAAAGUGUUCCAGCAUGCCUUGGGAAGGCCUUGGGCUCCUCCUUUUAUAGGCGCAAGGAGAAGGCCCAGUUGUACAAGGGGUGUUGCUAAACACUGUCGUGGACGGCGGAGGCGUGUCCGAGCCCUGUAGCAGCAUGGCCGGCGGUGCAGCCCUUGAGUCCGAGCCCUGUAGCAGCAUGGCCGGUGGUGCAGAGGCGAGGCCGAGCCCUGUAGCGGCGUGGCCGGCGGGAUAGCCUUGGAGUCUGUGCUGCGAGACGUCUGAUCCGUGCAGCUUAUCUUUGACCACGCAGAGAGCCGAGGGUCGGUCGGCAGUAUGGGCUCAUGUCCGAGCUCUUCAUUAUCCGGGGUGAAGUAGAUUUGACACCAGUCUUGUCGUCCUGUAGUUAUCUUAUGC